AUGGUGACGGCCACAGCCGACCACGCUGGGCUUCAGACUAAGUCCAUUUUUCUUCAUACAGUCUAUGGUCUCGACAAGGAGCAUGUGGUGCUGCCUAUCCGUUACCCCAACAUUGUAGCUACAUACGGUAGAGGUUACACUGGCUUCACCCCAAGCUAUAGCUACCAGUUCCCUGGGUUUCCUGAUUAUGGGUUGUAUUCCGUGGCCGGGGCCAGCGGAGACGUGCGGGUGCCCUACUCCCUGGCUGACUAUGGCUCCCUGGGGGCCCAGGCGGCUGCUCAAAUCCUACCCAGUGAGCAUGCCAGCUCGGCCUGCAACUCUCCCACCUCCCUCCAGCACCACCUGCAAAGCCCGGACCCUUUUAAGAGCCCAGGAACCAAUUCAACCCGGCCUGGAGCCUUUCCUGGUGCCAACAGUCCUGGCCCUGUAGCUGACCUCUAUGGAACCGCCAGUCAGGACUCUGGUGUGGGCAACUACAUCAGUGCCACUAGCCCUCAGCCAGGCUCUGGCUUCAGCCACAGCAUUUCUGUGAUGCCAUCCAGCAGUAACCACUACAGCAUCCACGUGAGCCAGAGCGGAGGUGGCAACAGAUGAAGAACAGCUGGAAAACAAAAGUAAAUAAUCAUCACAGAAAAAAACGACGUCAGUCAGUACAGCAGUGGUAUAAAGCCCGACCUGCUACGGAGAUCCCUCUGACUACCCUGUAGGCCGGUAUCCAUGUGUAGAGAUUUGCUGGUUUAUAUUUGAAUUUUGCUUUUCUUGGAUUGUGACUUUUUUUUGUCUUGGGCUUAAUCAAUAAUGAAACUUUUUUUAAAGUAUUUAGUUCUGAUUAUUAAGUUUGUUUCUUUUGAUCCUCACUUAAAAAAAAAAGCAAUGUACGUUUUACUACACCUCUUUUUGCGUGCAUGUCUGCGGAGACACUGUGGACACGUCUUUUUUUUAUCUUUGAGCGAUUGAAAUAUUGUCAGUUUGCACAUACAAACCACUGUGGCUCAGUGGACACGGUACCGGUUCAUGUAUCUAAACAACACAAGACAAACCAAUAACACCCAGUAGCUUCGGUUCUAGCAAUGUGGUCACUAAACGUACCCAUUUUUGGCAAUAAGAGGACUACAAUAUUUUCAAAGUCCUGUUUUAUAAAUGUUUUGUUGUCUGGAGAAAAUGAUAGAAAAAGUUGUGCUUUUAAUUCUAUGUCAGAUUUAAAAGGAAAUGUAUUACUGUAAAUUGUGUUCCAGUCAUUGCAUAUAGUGCUUUAGAGAGGGACAAUAUUCUUCAGUGCCUGAGGAAUACCAUGACAGAUCCUGCGCUGUUGGUUAGCUGUGUAUGUGCUGUUUUGCUUUCCAACUGUGGCUAAUUUGAUACCAGCAUAUUUACACAGUGAGCUAUAGUGUGCACAAUUAGAAAAAGACGACACAAGGUUGGCGUCGUGGAUCUGCACUCUCAUUCUUCUACGUCACUGCGACUCUGGAGCUCAGUAGCAUGAAAAGAAACCAAUCCAAAGCACACUUGAUAGUUUUGGGAAUACUAGACGAACCGUGUUGUAUCCUCACAUUUCACAAGGACGAUGUUUGUUUGAUAUAACUGUCUUUACCUGUCUGGUGUCACACAAAAGGCAAUAUUUCAAGAAUAUUUUUUUGCAAAUUGCGUUUCUUUCCGAGGAUGAAGGAGUGCAGCAGAUGAGUGUUGCUUAUUACCUCAGUCCUGUGUGUUUUGUAACGAUGACCAGAGAACUUGUAUGAAGAAUGUCACAUUAUGUCUUGCUGACAGAGUGAAGUUGUUGCACUGUUAUUCGAGUGGGGCUGAGAGUGGAUUUCAUUUGCACAUUAGUUGGCUCUUUGCAGUGGACUUUUAUUUAUAACUCAGUUCUGGUGGUCAGGACAAAUGUCAGGACAUUUAUUUACUGUUUUUAAAUUUUGACGGUUGCCUGCACACCACUGGUUGAGCUACCAUCACUGCGUUAAACAGAUUUUCAUACAAGCAUUACAUCAAAUGUAGAGAUGUUCCGAUACCAUUUUUCCUUUGGUUACGAUACCUAAACCCUGUGUAUCGGCUAAGUACCGAUCCGAUACAUGUGCUUAAAUUAUAAUAUUUUUAUUUUUUAACGUUUAAACAUAUACUACUAAGCACAGUAGUAGGUAGGUAACUUUUAUAAAAAUAACUUUUUGUCAUAUUUGGUCAAACUUUUACUAUAUCCUGACAGUAGUAUAUGAGAUAGAUAAUGUGUGGAAAAAUCCUCCUAGUGCUCCUAAUGGCAUUUGCAAGAAUCCACCACGGCUGAACAAAAACAACCAAUCAGAGCCAAGAAAUAUAGUUGAUUGUUGAGUCUCAUUCCCAGGUCAUCCAGUACUGAUGCUUUGGGUUGGUUGAUUGUUGAGUCACCUGGGAAUGAGACUCAACAGUCCCUCCAGGAAGUUGCAAUCACAACAAUUAAUGCAAAUUCAAAUUGCAAUUUUGUCUAAUCACUGCAACUUUUCUGCAAAUUUGACCAAUCAUUGUAAAAGCCUAAAAAUGAUUAGGAAAUUAUAUUGCAAUAAUAAAUUCUGUGGUAUCAGAUUGGUGCACAGAUGCGUACUUGCCAAUACCCAAGCACAUUUUAGGCAGUAUUGGAGGAAUUUCCUGGUAUCGGAACAACGCUAAAAAAAUGUAAAGGAUGUUAUUUAUAAUUUCAUGUAAUAGGAAUUUGCUAUAACUAAAGAGUCAGUCUUUCUUUAAAGUUUGAAAUGGUUUAUAAAUUGAUAAAUGUAUAUGCUGUUUUCUUCCUCUCUGUGCUAAUAAUACAGAUAUUUUACAAAUUACUUUUACAAACCACAGGAAGCUGAAUGCUGGACUGUUUCUAAAAUGGGGAGUAAGUAAUAAUCCAAAAAAGAAAAAAAGAAAAUGUAUACGUCGUUAAUUAAAAAGAGAAACAUGUAUGUUCCCUUGUAUGAUGAUUUACAUUUCUAAGGAUUUGUAUCAAUAUUUUUGUGGUUGUUAAUGAUUAUAUGAAUAAUAUCUAUAUAACUACCAGUAAUAAUUAGUAUGUACUGUAUAGCCAUCCAGUUCUCUCUCCAUUCCCAGUCAUCCCCUACAAUAAUCUUUAGUUGAUCAUUAAUGUAUUUCAGUAAUGUAUACAAAAGAAAAUCCAAUGACCUUAUAUAGGAGUGCUGUCUUUGAUACCAGUGUAGUGGUCUAUACACAGAUUUGUUAACCUUUAAAACUGUCACCACCUUUGUCUCUCCUCUCACUCUUUCUCCUAGUAACUAGUAAUAGAUGUUAGUCACAGUAGAUACUAUUAGCUUGUACUCAUUAGAUCUAGGACCAGUAAGGAUAUAACCUUCUCAUUUUUCCAUCUGGGGAAAAAAAAGCUGACAUGGGUUUCACUUGUAUUUUUAUUUUCCUGUCCACUUUCUGUUCUGUGCUGCUCUCAUGUGAACCAAAGCUCGUAUUGAAAACAUUUGAUGGAAGAUUUGCUGUAAGUUGUUCUUGUAAACAAGGCAUUAAUUGGAUCCCCACCCUUGAAUGUUAUAAAACAAAAGGGGGUUUGCCAUACUACCUUAAAUGCUAAUGCUAGAUAUGCAAAACACUUUGAUUUGUCAGGCUAUAAUUUGAGUUAAAGAGCAAGAGGGAUAUAACAUAUUUUUCUAUAGUCAUAACAGAUUAAUGAUAAUGACAGUAAUAACAAUGACUAUUAUAAAUAUCAUUAAUCUGAGCUGUAUGUUUUGAUAUUUGUACUCUUAAAUAUCCCAGUGGCUGAUGGUACUACUUUUUGAAUACUGUUUGUUUUUACUUCAGUACAUGUACAUUUUAGUUUAAACUCAAUUUAAAUGAUUAUUUUAUUUGCUCUUGAAUUGUGGAAACAGCUCAUACUUUAAUCAGUCAUCAUCGUUAGAAUGCCAAUCACAAAAGCUUGUUAUCCAGUUUACUGCAGUUCAAAGCACUACUCAUACUUACCAAAAUGCCAAAAUACUUACACAGCCGUACCAGGACACACUUUUUGUUGCCAGGCUUUGUGACUCAUGAAGUAAGUUGGCUGUGGUGUUAAAAAAAAAAAAGGUCACCUUCCAUGGAGUCUGCCAUGUUAAACUGCAAUGUUGCUACAGUAGCCCAGAAAGGACAAACCAAACACUGGCUCUAGAUAGGGCCACUGUAGUUUCUCCUUUUAAGAGGUCAAGUUGCAGUGUGUUGAGUGCUCAGGGCCACCAUAAUUUGUGGAAUACAUAAUGCCAGAUUAGGGUGGUCAAAUUAAGUCAAAUUAAUUUUAUUAAUACAGCUCAUUUACAAGUAUAGCUGUAGCUCUGGUUCAAACCUGCUGGCCAUCUGGGGCCUUUCUGUGUGGAGUCUGCAUGUUCUACCUGCGUGUGUGGCUGAGGGCGCUCCUCUGGGUACUUUUCUCUCACAGUAUAUGCAAAACAUAAACUACCAGGCUUUUCCCAAUUCUUUAUCCCUUUAAUAUCUGUAAAUGGUCUGUGAAGUUGGAGUCUUGCUUAAAUAAUAACAAAAAUGGCAAUACUACUAGUACUUUACAGGACAUGAACCUCACUACAGAAAACCCAUUUUCUGUGUGUGUGUGUGUGUGUGUGUGUGUGUGUGUGUGUGUGUGUGCAAAAACAUGUAUGCUUAUAGAAUAGGUCAUUUUAGAUCUGUGGUUUGACAGAUACAAGGCUUCCUCAGUAGUACAGUACUGUGUCUUUGUGGACAGUGGUGAGGGAGUUUAUUGUACUGUUAUACAGUAUAUGCAUAUAUAUUCAUGCCCCAUGGUCACAGCAGGUGUUACAAACUGUGUAAACAUCAACCUGCCUUGGUUAAUUUUGGAAUAAAGGAUUAUUAAAGUAUGAGCUGUUUCCUCUUUAGAGUAGCUGAUCCAGUUCCAUAUUCUUAUAUAGUAAACCUUAAUUGCUUCAGAUUCAGGCUUUUAUUUGAUCUUACCGCUCGCACUUUAAGGUAGCAUGGCUCUGUUGUUGCUGUACUUUACUUUAAUACUGACAGCAGUUUACAGCUAAUGAAUGUUACACAUCUUGCUAGAUGAGUUCAUCAUUGGAUAAUAGUUGGCUAGAAAAAAAGCGAAAACAAACGUGAUCUGAAGGUGUUGGAAUAUGUAUUGUGAGUGUACUACUGAUCCACUUAAACUUGAAUCUUGAGGCAAGUGCUAGGUAAUGGCCAACAGCACAUCUUGUCACUGUAACACAGCUCAUGCCCACUGGUAGGUCAUGUACACACAGAUCAAUGGUUAAGGCCUGUGUAGGUAUAUACACACACACACACACACACACACACACACACAUAUAGCUUUAUGGGGAAAUGCUAACUUUUUACCAUAAAGCAGAGGAAAUUACACUUAAUAAUAAUAAUUUAAUUUGGAGCGUUACCAGCAGUGGCACAAUUUCCUCUGACUUUGAAGGUUUCAUGUUUUUAGAGGUGGUUCAGUUAUUCAUGUCUCAUCAUCUAGCAGUAGAAGCUUGUCCUCCAUCUGGAGGUCUCUGAUUGCCUUGCCCAUUCCUACCACUUGCCCAUUUUUUAAUGUUAAUAAACUUUUUACCAUGAGAGCUGACUGAAUGGACUGACUGUCUGAAAGCAUCUUUCAGGUCUUCUUGUAUGGCUUGCUCAAGCCCCGUUGUAGAAAAAAAGAAAAGAAAAAAGUGGAUGGGGGUCUCUCACAUCCCAGAUGUUGAAAGUAUAAUUUUAUAUUUGUAUUUUCAAAUAAUGAUAAUAAAAGAUGUUUGUGAAAGGUA